AGAAGAUAUAGAGGGAGAAGAAGAGACAUAUGUGACUGAUAUAAAGGCAGAAGAUAUAGAGGGAGAAGAAGAGACAUAUGUGACUGAUAUAAAGACAGAAGAUAUAGAGGGAGAAGAAGAGACGUAUGUGACUGAUAUAAAGGCAGAAGAUAUAGAGGGAGAAGAAGAGACAUAUGUGACUGAUAUAAAGGCAGAAGAUACAGAGGGAGAAGACGAGACGUAUGUGACUGAUAUGAAGGCAGAAGAUAUGGAGGGAGAAGAAGAGACGUAUGUGACUGAUAUGAAGGCAGAAGAUAUAGAGGGAGAAGAAGAGACGUAUGUGAGGGGAGAUCAGCAGUGUAAGGAGGAGGAGAUCCCUACAGAUAUCAGCACAGCAGAUGGACACACAAGCAGGAAUAUCUCAGAAGUACAUCUAAUAUCAUCCCCGGAUUGUGAAAUAAAAGAUGACAGUAGACAGGAUUCUCCAGGAACUAAUCUCAUUACCCCAAUUGUACAUCCAGCUCUAUCAGCUGAUCCCUCUGAUCCUGGGAAAUGUUCUCCUGAUCACUCUGAUAUUGGUGCAUCUGUUACAGCUCUGACAGUAGAUACAGUGUUUUCCUGUUCUAUAGAUGCACCAUGUUCUACACAGAACACAAAGCUUAUUGCACAUCAACCAGCUAAGGCAGGUGAGAGGCAAUUUCCAUGUUCUGAGUGUGGGAAAUGUUUUGCACAGAAAUCAUUUCUUGUUAUACAUAAGAGAAGUCACACCGGAGAGAAGCUAUUUUCAUGUUCUGAGUGUGGGAAAUGUUUUACAUCCAAAUCAAAUUUUGUCAUACAUCAGAAAACUCACAUAGGUGAGAGUCCAUUUACAUGUUCUGAGUGUGGGAAAUGUUUUACACGGAAAUUACAUCUUGUUCAACAUGAGAGAAGUCACACCGGAGAGAAGCCAUUUUCAUGUUCUGAGUGUGGGAAAUGUUUUGCACUGAAAUCAACUCUUAUCAGACAUGAGAGAAGUCACACCGGAGAGAAGCCAUUAUCAUGUUCUGAGUGUGGGAAAUGUUUUGCACUGAAAUCAACUCUUAUUAGACAUGAGAGAAGUCACACCGGAGAGAAGCCAUUUACAUGUUCUGAGUGUGGGAAAUGUUUUACACGGAAAUCAUUUCUUAUUAUACAUGAGAGAAGUCACACUGGAGAGAAGCCAUUUUCAUGUUCUGAGUGUGGAAAAGGUUUUAAACACAAGUCAUAUCUUGUUAUACAUGAGAGAAGUCACACUGGAGUGAAGCCAUUUACAUGUUCUGAGUGUGGGAAAUGUUUUUCACUGAAAUCGAAUCUUGUUCAACAUGAGAGAAGUCACACUGGAGAGAAGCCAUUUUCAUGUUCUGAGUGUGGAAAACCUUUUUCACACAAAUCAUGUCUUGUUACACAUGAGAGAAAUCACACCGGAGAGGGGCCAUUUUCAUGUUCUGAGUGUGGGAAAUGUUUUGCACAGAAAUCAACUCUUGUUAUACAUGAGAGAAGUCACACCGGAGAGAAGCCAUUUCCAUGUUCUGAGUGUGGGAAAUGUUUUUCACUGAAAUCGAAUCUUGUUCAACAUGAGAGAUGUCACAGUGGAGAGAAGCCAUUUUCUUGUUUUGAGUGUGGAAAAGGUUUUUCACACAAGUCAUAUCUUGUUAUACAUGAGAAAAGUCACACCGGAGUGAAGCCAUUUACAUGUUCUGAGUGUGGGAAAGGUUUUUCACUAAAAUCGAAUCUUGUUCAACAUGAGAGAAGUCACACUGGAGAGAAGCCAUUUUUUUGUUCUGAGUGUGGAAAAGGUUUUUCACAAAAGUCAUAUCUUGUUACACAUGAGAGAAGUCACACUGGAGAGAAGCCAUUUUCUUGUUCUGAGUGUGGAAAAGGUUUUUCACACAAGUCACAUCUUGUUACACAUGAGAGAAGUCACACAGGUGAGAGGCUAUUUUCAUGUUCUGAGUGUGGGAAAGGGUUUAUACGGAAAUCACAUCUUGUUACACAUGAGAGACGUCACACAGGUGAGAGGCCAUUUUCAUGUUCUGAGUGUGGGAAAAGUUUUAUACAGAAAUCACAUCUUGUUCAACAUGAGAGAACUCACAGACGUUUGAAGCCAUUUGCAUGCUCUGAGUGAUUACUAAAUCAGCUCUUGUUGGACACAGUAGACAUCACACAGGUGGGGAACCAUUUUAAUCUUCUGGAGUAUACUCAUCUUCACCAUUUCCCUGCAUUGUUCCUUCAGGUUUUAUCCUAUGUCCUGUGUUUUUUUUUUUUACAAUAUACAUGCUGCUACUGGGUGAAAUAAUAAGACAUCAUGCCCUCCUUUACCUCUACUAUGCAGAUAACCUGUCUUUGCUCCGGGUACUGAAAACAAUACCAAUACUAAAUGUCUAGCUGAGCUCCAGGUGUGGGUGAUGCCAGUUGGCCGUGACUCAGUCCUAGCGAAACAGGUCCAUAUGCUAAUGCACGCCGACUCUCCUGUCUUCUGAUUACUUUCUCCCACUCCUAUCCAAGAUUUUUCACGUGCUGCUCCCUUUCUCUGGAAUUCCCUACCUCUCCCCCUCAGACUGUUACCAGCAGUACCAAGAAUCUGCCAUAAUUCAUUUGUGGUUGAUCUGUUAGCUAUGCAGCCCUUACCAUGGAACCUGCUGCCUCGCACAGUCCAAGAGACCUCCACCCUGGAGACCACAAACAGACUGAUGACUGUUACUCACAUGUUUCAUUAAUGUUCCUUCACUUCCUAAAUAUACAUCCCACAUGCUGAGGUCUUUAUUCUGUUCUACUUAUUGUGUAUCUUGUGCUCUGUGUAAAUGUGAAUAUAAAGUUCUGUGAGUGAUAUUGGGAGGAAA